UGGCUUUUACUGGAGCUCCUGAAAUGCUGUUUUAUUCCUGGGUGGCCAGAGCAGGCAGAGGUCCUGCCUGUGUACUCACAGAGAAGCAUCCUCUGGGGAUGCUGCCUUCACCGCCAGCGUGAGCAGCUCAGCUGGAGCAUCUCCUCCGUGCUAACCUGAAGAAUCUCGGGAAAGCACUUCCAGAUGGACUGUGAAGUCAGGAGUGGGAUUUGAGGGCUUUUCUACGCUUUCAGUUAGUUCUAGUCCAAAGGACGCAAUUGACUACAUAGAAUCACUAAGUUGGAAAAGACCUCUUAGAACAUCGAGUGCAGCCAUAAAAGGGCUCAGUGCUGAUGGGAGUCAGAGAUGAGCUCGCACGCUAAAAGGCAGCUCUUCUAAAGGAAGCGGAGAAAUUUACUGCAGUUUAAUGGAAUUUAAACAAAUCAACUUUUCAGGUAAUAGUAAGAAGCUUUCCAACUCCAGUGCCAACGCGAAAGUCAGCAGAGCCUCUCUAGCUGAGUCUGAAGAUGUUCAAAUUUCUGUCUGGGCUAAAGAUGAUAGAAGUAAAUUUGAGAUGCAAAAAAAACCAACAAACCCUGGAAGCGAACAAUCCCCCCACUUUAGAAGCUUUUUGUCUUGAUGAGCAUCACCGGAUACUUCAGCGCUUAAGCGCCUUGCGCGACCAUGCAUUAUUAUGGAGAGCGAUAUAAACACCUGUACCUGCCAGGAUCGGGCUGUAUCACUGAAAGCAUCCAGCACUGCGCACCCCAGUCCGACGCGUGCAGUACCACGUGCCACCCAGUGAGCAUUAUCAAGAGCCCGAUGCCGAGAUGGCAAAGCUACAGUCAACCUUUCACCACUUACGUGUGCCCGCAGCCAAGCGUGACGCACGCAUCUCUGCUGCCUUGUCAGCCCUACGUACAGAAGUGUGUCAUGCUCUACCCCGAGCCUUGUGAGACCACUCACCUUCUGCCCUGCAGGAAGCCCAGUGUGAAGCUAAACACAACGCCGAGCUUCCAGCCCUGUGAGACCAUCCGUCCUGAGAAGAAGCGUAUGGCCAAGAGCCUUCCACCGUGUGCACCCAGGUGCCCAGAGCCAAGCAAACUCAAGUUCCCACCAUGUGGGAUCAAGUACUCAUCCUCCUGCAAGGAUGAAUGCAAGUCGCAGAAGAUAUCCAAGUCUUCGUCGCAGAAGUACAGCAGGGAUGUCCAGUGCCUGCCAGGGAUGACCAGUGGCUAUUCCCCACCGCUGCGGGGAGUCACCGAGUGCCCCCCACAGCAGUGCAUAACAGAGUCUUACCUGCAGGAGUAUGUGAAUGGGUUCCCCCACCAGAAGUGCAUGAAGGGCUACCCAACACAGGAGUGCAUCACCUCCUACUCCUCGCAGCAGUGCGUAACCAAGUGCCCGCCGCAGCCACAAGUGUCCAAGCGCCUCCCUGGAAAGGUAAUAAAGGAAUAUUCCUCCCAGCAACAAGCAACCAAGUGCUCACCGCCAAAGGAGAGAAUCAAGUACAAGAGCUCAUCAACACAACACCUAAGCAAGUCCAAGUGUCUCUACCCGCGGGCCACCCAGCACGUGACCCACCAUCACUCAGGGGUAGUGAAACGUUCAAGCCACUCCAAGAAGAGUCGCUGUGUUUCAAAAUGUCUGUGGUAGAGGAGGUAAAGAAGUAGUUUUGAGAAGAGCAAGCUAUGUAGCUGAGGUCUGAGGUUAUUUUUCUCGCCCUGUUCCCAUUCCUAAACGCUAGAGAAGCUUUGGCUUUAUCUUACCCCAUAUCGUAUCCAUGCUAAGCUCGUAGAGUGCCUUGCUUUCCUUUCUUUGAUUAAGCUUCAACUAUUCCCGUGACAGAAAAGCUGUUAGUGAGAAGUUCAUAGAAUCCCAGGAUGGUUGGGGUUCGAAGGGCCCUCUGGAGCUCAUCCAGUCCAACCCUGCUAAAACAGGGUCACCUCAAGCAGGUUGCACGGGAAUGCAUCCAAUUAAGCAACUCUAAGCUGGUGUUUUCAACUUCAAAACAACACAACUCCGUCACGGUGUUCGCACCCUGAGGGGCUUUUACUGUUACUGGAUCAAUCCUAUUCACCGGUUUUACCAGUCAUAUUAAACUCAGGCUGCAGCUGGAUUCCUGCUCUGUGUCUGAUUUCUUUUCCAUUUUUAUAACUGUUUCUAAUACCUACUAUGGGACAAAAUUCCUUCCU